GGGGAAGAAAGAGGCCGAGGAAAGGCAGCGGAGGAGACAAGAGACGACAGGAAGCAAAGGCUGACACACCAACCAAACCCCACAAGAAAAAUGCCCAAUUUUGCAGGCAACUGGAAAAUGAAGAGCAGCGAGAAUUUCGACGAUUUGCUCAAAGCCCUGGGUGUGAGUGCCAUGCUGAGGAAGGUGGCGGGGGCUGCUGCAUCCAAGCCCCACGUGGAGAUAAGGCAGAGCGGCGAGCACUUCUACAUCAAGACGUCUACCACAGUCCGCACCACGGAGAUCAACUUCCUUAUCGGUGAGGAGUUUAAUGAGGAGACGGUGGACGGCAGAAAGUGCAAGAGCUUGGCCACUUGGGAAAAAGAAAACAAGAUUUACUGCAAACAGACUCUACUGAGCGGGAACGGUCCAAAGACCUUUUGGAGCCGAGAACUCAGAGGGGAUGAACUCAUACUGACCUUUGGAGCUGAUGAUGUGGUGUGCACAAGGAUCUACGUGCGCGCAUAGGAGAGGUCCAUGUCCAACAAAUAAUCAGUCAGUCAGUCAGUGUCUCAACUGUCAGUGUGAGAAAUUUCACAAAAAAAAAAUCGGAGAUAAUCUGUUCUUGAUAGUCAAUGUUUUGCAUCUUCAUGAAAAUCCCAAUUUCAGCUGCAUAUUACUGCUUUGUUCCUUUUUAUAUAUAAUCUGUCUUGCA